AUGCCAAAGCUUGAUCUUAUUAGAGAGAAUCCAUUCCUUGGAGAUUUCUGCGCAGCUGCUGAUAUUCUCAAGAACGUUUUACAUUGUCCUUCGAUAUCUACAUUCGAGGAAUGGCGUAACGUGAAACUAGACUCUAAAGAAAUCAAAGAAGUUUAUGUUGGUGAUGAUGGUGAUGAACAAGGCAGAGAGUUUGGGAAAGAGAGCUCUUUGGUUUCAGGAAAUCUUUUAUAUUCGCUUGAACAUACUGGUAAAGAUCUCAAGAUCACAAGAAUGGCUGUUUUUGCUCACGAUGAGCAUUGGAAGAAUCUUCUUGAUUAUUUCGAUCUUUGUUUGGAUUUUAUUGAUGUUGGACGCAAAGAGAAAGGUGUUUUAGUUCAUUGCUUUGCAGGACAAUCUCGAAGUGCUUCUAUGGUUAUUGCGUAUUUGAUGAGAACCGAAAAGCUGUAUUUAGAAGACGCUUUGGCAUCAAUUAGGCAAAGCUCUCAUGUUAGUCCCAAUCCUGGCUUCUUAAAACAGUUGGAAUUGUUUGAGAAGAUGAGCUUCAAAGUGGACCGUUCAAGCCCUAUUUACAAGCGUUUCUGUCUAAAAGCUUUGGGUUAUUUAUAUAGCAAAGAUAAGAAAUUUGACAAACUAAAGCUAAGGACUGAUCCGGAGAUAUCGAACGAGAGUAGUAGUAAUGGUACUACUACGUACCAAUGCAAGAAAUGCAAGAGAGUUGUGUUGUCGCAAGAGCAAGUGAUGAAUCAUACUCCAAGUGAAGCUGAUCUAGAGUUUGAUGCAGUGUUUGCAAACAUGAACGGAGAUGUACACAACAAGAAUCUUGGUGGUGAAGAGCAACAAUGUACUUCUGUAUUCGUAGAGCCUCUCAGUUGGAUGAAUCAAGUUGAGGAAGAUUUGUCGGAAGGGAAGUUGUUGUGUCCUAAGUGUAAAACUAGACUUGGAAGCUUUGAUUGGUCGGGAAGUUAUUGUAGCUGUGGAAGCAAGAUUGUUCCGGCGUUUCAACUUCAGCUUAGCCGUGUUGAUGUGAUCACUCUUUGA